AUGGGAAAGGUGGUGGAACGAUUUCUUGGACUUGUUCAUGUUGGUGAUACCACGACUUUGUCUCUUAGAAGUGCAAUUAUGUCCCUACUUGUUGAAUAUUCAUUGAGUCCAUCCAAGAUUCGAGGGCAAGGAUAUGAUGGGGCUAGUAACAUGAAAGGUGAGAUAAAUGGCCUCAAGACUUUGAUUAGGGGAGAUACUCCAAGUGCUUACUAUGUCCAUUGCUUUGCUCAUCAACUUCAACUAACUCUUGUAGUCAUUGCCAAAAAGAACAAUGAGUGUGUUUGGCUUUUUGAUACGUUUGCGAUCUUGUUGAAUGUGAUUGGUGUUUCUUGUAAGAGAAGAGAAAUGAUUCGAGAAUUUCAAGCACAAAAAGUUGCUCAGGCUUUGGAAAUUGGUGAACUUGAAACAGGAUCGGGAUUAAAUCAAGAACUUGGUUUGAAGAGGCCCGGAGAAACUCGUUGGAGUUCUCAUUACAAAAGUCUUUUGAAUGUCAUGAACUUGUUUUCUACAAUUGUUAAAGUUCUUGUGAUGAUUGGGAAGAAUGGCUCUAACUCGGAUGAUAAGGUAAAAGCUCAAGGCAUUUUGUACUCACUAGAGUCAUUUAAUUUUGUGUUUUUGGCACAUCUAAUGACUACUAUAUUUGGGUACACCAAUGAUUUGUGUCUUGCUUUGCAAAGAAGAGAUCAAGAUAUUAUUAGUGCUAUGAGACUUGUCACUUUGACCAAAGUGACAUUACAGAAAAUGAGAGACAAUGGAUGGGAGACUCACUUGAAUAAGGUAAUCUCAUUUUGCAAUAAUAAUGAGAUUGUUGUUCCGGAUAUGGAGGCUUGUUAUAUCCCUCAAGGAAGAUCAAAGCGGUUUGCUCAACAAGUUUCAUAUCUUCAUCAUUUUCGGGUUGAUGUGUUUAUAGAGGUAAUUGAUUUACUACUUCAAGAACUUGACAACCGAUUUGAUGAGGUCAAUAUGGAGUUGCUCAUAUGCAUGGCUUCAUUAAAUCCUAAAGAUGGCUUCUCUUCUUAUGACAAGGAAAAGGUACUCAAACUUGCAACUUUUUAUCCCUCUGAAUUUUCAACCAUUGAUUUGUCAACUUUUGAAUGUCAACUUGAUAUAUUCAUGGAAGUUAUGAGGAGAGAUGAUGAGUUUAAAAAUUUGGAGGAUAUUAGUUCUCUUUCUAUGAAGUUUGUUGAAACAAAGAGACAUAUGACUUAUCCUCUAGUGUUUUUGCUAAUUAAGUUGGUGUUGAUUCUUUUGGUUGCCACUGCAAGUAUGGAGAGAGUGUUUUCUGGAAUGACUUAUGUCAAGAAUAAGUUGCGAAAUAGCAUGGGGGAUCAAGUAUUAUAUGAUUGUUUGGUCACUUUCAUUGAGAAAGAUAUGUUAAUUUCUACAAGUUUCCGAUGA